AUGCAUAGCUGCUAUGAGGCUAAAUGGCUAAUAGCUUAUGGCACCUCUGCUGAUUUUGUGGAUGACUACAUUCGAAUUAGUGCAUCUCUUGCAAGAGAUUUACUACACCAUUUUGUGGAAGGAAUUGUCUCUUACUUUAGUGAUGAAUACCUUAGAAAGCCCAAUGAAGAAGAUCUGGCAAGACCACUAAGAAUUGGUGAACGUCGAGGAUUUCCAGGCAUAGAAGGUAGUCGUAAUGAUAUUAACGUUCUUGAUAGAUCCCCUUUGUUUAACGAUGUUUUUGAAGGUCGUGAACCUUCUAUUAACUAUGUUGUGAAUGACCAUCAAUACAAUAUGGGGUAUUAUCUCACUGACGACAUAUAUCCUAAAUGGGCAGCAUUCAUUCUUACAAUAUCACUACCACAAAAUGAAAAAGAAGGUCUUUUUGCCAAAUUACAAGAAGCUAGAUGA